UCGUCGGACAGGAAGGUUUCAUUUUUCGUAAACACCAUGCAUUGUUGGGGUUUCGUUUUAGCGAUCUAUAGCUGCUUGAUCAUCUCAAGCGUAGUGAACGAUAACCCGGACGAUCUGCAAGAAUGUCCGGGAGGUUUCUGUGCAAGGAAAGAUCAGUGCCCAUAUGGAAUAUACGACGAGGCAAAUGCGCAGACUAGCGGUAUUAUUGUGCUUCGAAAUCGUGAUAAUGUGUGCCGGCAUGGGAAAGUGUGCUGCAAAAAUGAAUCAACUGUUCACACUAAUGAGAAAUGUCAGGUAGGUUUCUGUGUACUGAAAGAUCUGUGUCCGAAUGGAACGUACGUCGAAACAACUGCGCAGAGUAGCGGUAUUCUUAUGCUACGAAAUAGUGAUGAUAAUGUGUGCCGUGAUAACGAAGUAUGCUGCAACAAUGAUGAAAAUAUUAACCCAAAUGAAACUGGUAAUGAAGUCGAGGACAGCCAGACAUAUGUUAAGCAUAGCGAAUAUCCGUGGGUUGUUACCAUUUGGCAAGAGGAAACGUUCCUUGGUGGUGGAACACUUGUACAUCCAAGAUUUGUGCUAACGGCAGCGCAUAUCCUGACGUCGAAGAACAAUUUACAUGCCAGGUUUGGAUACUGGAAUAUGGUACAGGGAAAAAUCUUGCCAAAACAGAAUAUUGAAAUACGAAACACAAUUCAUCAUCCCGAGUUCCAGAGUGAGAGCUUACAUAAUGAUAUUGCGCUAGCGCAGCUGAAACAAGAUGUGCUUUACGAUACGCAUCUCCGACCAAUCAGUUUGCCCAGCCCGUCCGAUCUGUUCGAUGACCAGCUGUGCAUCUCUACUAGUUGGGGCAACAAGCACACAACCAAAACCCUGAAAGUAACUGCUUUGAAACGCGUAGAACUACCGGUUAUACCACGAAAAAGGUGCAAGGAACUGUUUGCGGCGACACGAUUGGGAGAAUUCUUCCGGCUGCACAGGAGCUUCCUUUGUGCCGGUGCCAUCGAAGGCGUAGACACGUGCUACGGAGAUGCUGGAUCUGGUCUAUUUUGCCCGACAGAGUCGGAAUCGUACGUUUUGGCGGGGAUUGUUUCUUGGGGCUUAAGUUGUGGCCAGCAGGACGUACCAGGCGCUUACGUGAAUGUGGCUAAAUUUGUAACGUGGAUUAAUUCUACGAUAGCAGAAAAUGAGUAAUGUAGACCUUUGCUAUCACUUACUUAAUGUCCGUGUUAAUAGUUUUCCAUUUAAGUGUUUCUCUAGAGUGGUUCUAAGGCCACUACAAAGAUGAGCAUGUUGCACUGACAUGACCGGGGGACCAAUUCGUUUCCAAGAAACUCAAUCCAGGACUGUUUUCUUUCACCCCUGCUGGCUGGGCAGGUUUAUCUCCACUUGGUCCAGUCAGUCGAUGUCGCACAUGUUUCGCAAUAACAUAGAAAUAAUCCAGCAUUGUCCUUACGAAUUUUGCUGCUUAAGUUGUGGUCCUACUACCUUGAGAAUGACGCUGGCAACUGAUACCCUUAAGCGGACCGGUCAGAGCCUCCGGCAAUUUUCGUUGCAUUUACCCUCAACCCAAUUCUGAAGGCCUCAUGUAGUCGCCGUGUCAUUGCAAUAAAGGAUACCAAAGUCCGUGAUGAUAAACACUAAGCUUCCGGCUGACAGAGUUACCGCAAAGUGAACAUUGUUGUGAAUUGAUUAUAAUUGGAUUGAGA